CUUCCUUUUUUUUUCGGACCAGCGCUUCCUCCUGGCACGCGUUUGACCCUAGCACUAUGUUUACUAAUGACCGAGAACUUCUCAAGACAUGAUUUCAGUCUUCAUUUCAGCAACAGUAUGACACUCCUGGCUCGGCGCGAGGUGUGUAGUCGGAGGUUUACCGAGUGCUCUCCGGUUCCGGUGUGUGUGGAAGUUGCGGCGGUUUGCGGUGCGAGCUUCUCUUAUCUGCUGCACGUGGAUCAAAGUGCAGAGAGGCGCGCGCGGGGAUGACACCAAGCGAUCAGCUGAACGAGCAGUGAAGUGCAGGGAUUUCCACAAUACCAACCCACCGGAGAGACAUGAAUGGAACAGUUGCUGCAGUUGAGGAGAUGGGGGAGAACAGCAAGAAAUCACAAUGGAAAUUGUUCAUUGAGGAUAUCAGUGUGUUACAGCUUGUGCUGUCCUUCUUGCUUGUGGGUGUGUCAUGCCUGGUGUUGAUGCUUUAUCUGAUGUUUACUUCGCUGUGGCCGAUUCCCACUCUGUACUUCACCUGGCAGUUCUUUGACUGGAACACACCUGAGAGAGGCGGUAGAAGAUCUGAGUUUGUGAGGAACUGGAAAGUGUGGAAACAUUUAAAAGACUACUUCCCCGUAAAGCUGGUGAAGACUGCAGAGCUGAGUCCCAGUAGGAACUAUAUUCUGGGUUGCCACCCGCAUGGCAUCAUGAGCAUAGGCGCCGUCUCCUGCUUCAGCACGGAAGCCGGCGGGUUUGCGCAGGCGUUCCCGGGAAUGCGCGCCUCUCUGGCCAUGCUCGCCGGCAUCUUCCGCAUGCCUCUCUUCAGGGAAUACCUCAUGUUUGCAGGAAUAUUGCCGGUCAGUAAAGAAAGUUUGGAGUACAUGCUGAGUCGAGCCGGCGUGGGCAAUGCGGUGGUCAUCAUUGUCGGAGGAGCUGAGGAAUCACUAGCUUCUUCUCCCGGAGUGAACACCGUGGUCAUGAAGCAUAGGAAAGGCUUUGUGCGUCUCGCUCUGGAAAACGGCGCUGACCUGGUUCCUGUGUACUCGUUCGGGGAGAACGAGCUCUUUCCACAGGUGCUGCUGUCCGAGGGCAGCGUAGGCCGUAAGCUUCAAGCUCUGUUUAAGCGGGUGAUGGGAUUUGCACCAUGCCUUUUCACUGGGGGGCGCUGGCUGCUCCUGCCUUACAGGAGACCUGUCACUACUGUGGUUGGAAGCCCCAUCUCUGUGCCUCACAUAUGCAAUCCAUCCGAACAGCAGGUGGCCCACUAUCACAAUCUGUACAUGGAAUCUCUAUCCGAACUCUUCCAUGCGCACAAAAUCAGCUGCGGUCUGGCCGACACGCACCAGAUACGCUUCAUCUGAAUACUACACACACGUACAUUUUGAAUUUUAAUCCUGUAAAAUUUGUAAAUCGCUGAUUUUUAAAAUGACGUUCACUGCUUUUGUCUAGUUUGUAACUGCGUGGUUUUUAACAUGACUUUAAUGUAAAUGAUUCAUAAAGGCAUAUCACUGGUGGGUGUGCUUUGAUGUGCAGUAUAUAAAUAUAAAUGUAAUAUUAAACAUGAAUUGUAUUCACCAUUGAAAGAUAUCAUGAUCAGAAGCUCUUGCUCCGAUGCUAUUAAAUAUUUUUUAAAAAAUGUUUAAACUUCGUAGACUGAGCUUUGGGAACUGAAAAGAUGUGCACUAUGUUGUCUUUUUUAUGCUUAUGUUCAAUUAUGCUUACAUGUGACUUGCUCUGCACAAAAUAAAUAAAAUAACUGACCAUAAAAACAUAUCUGCUCUUAAGACUCACUUGGGCCACUCACCAUGAUAACAGACACAGACCUACACCGACUACAUCCAGGUGAACUCUGCUUUGUGCUCCAACAAAAACAAAGUUUAAAAAGGUGGACAGGCGUAACUUAAACAAAACAAACACGCGUCUCAUUUUGUGGUAAAAUUCCAGAUAUUUUUUUAAGCCUGCUCAAAUCUUCUUGUCUGGCAAAGUUCAUCAUAUGUUGCCUGCAGAAGGGUAUAA